UUCAAUAUAGGCAACCAAAAAUACACCAAAGAAAUCUAAAUAAUAUUCCAUCACAAGAUUAACAAAAUAUUCUUGAAUAUUAACCAUUAUCAACUAGUUAUUUACCUUAACUGAGCUAUACCAAUAAUAUUCCUAUUUAUUUACGCAGCGCACACUUCAAAGUACUUAAAAUACCUCCCUCAAGGGCAUAGAUUAUUCUAUAAUCAAAUUAUUCAAUUGUUUGAUUUUUAUCUUUGGUUAUGGCCCAACCACCAUCCAGAAGCAUCAUAAUGAUGAUAAUCAACAACUUUAUCAACUCAAUCAAACCGCGACAAAUCCGCGGAACGCUCAUUGGCAAGGAUUAUUUCGGUAAUAAAUAUUACGAAAUACGCAGAUCAAGCAUCGGCAAACGCCGCACUAACAGAUGGUUUGAACCCACAAUGAAGGAUAAUUUUGAUCAAGAAAUGCCAGCAGAAUGGGAAGCAUGGCUGAGAGGGCGACGCAAGUUGCCUCCCAGUGAGGAUGAAGUCAUGAAAAGCGUUGCGUUGAUGGAAAUGAAGAAGCACAAUGCCAUUGAGGUGGAUGCCAAGGGUGGGAAGAUGACUCCAAUGGCAAAAGGCAUGGAAACAUUUCCACACAGACCUGAUUAUGAAAGAAUACCUGGAAAAGGUAAGUAAAUAUUAGAAAAAAUGUAAAUUACUAAGGGAACUUCGAAAAUGAUGAAAAUGUUAAUAAUUUGAACUAUUAAAUGUUAAAACUUUGAUGAUAUCCUGUUAUACAUCGCCGUUUUGUUAAUUUUUCACAUUUAAAAAUAAUUUAUCUUUUUGUAUGAUUUUCACUGAAGUAAUGCUCAAAACAAUAGUUUCAUCUUUAAAUCUUAAGGUAUUUAGGUGAAAACUAAAGAUUUUAUUAGGAAAAUCUUUAAAUUUCAUCCAAAAAGAUCUCCCCUUGAAAUUCUAGUACAACUAUAAAAUUAUAAUAAAUAUCGUUGUAAGCUCUUGUAAAUAUAGUAAAUAAAAGCCUUACUUUAUAUAUAAA